AUGCAAGAAUUCGAGACCAAACUGAAUGAAACCAUCGAGGCGGGCAAGAUGUUGGCUGCUAUUGCAGUGGUGGCAGAUGUCGACGGCAAAACCGUCUAUCGACACUCUGCAGGCAAACAAAACCUCGAACCCAAUGCACCAUCUGUUGAUCCAAACAGCACCGUCAUGCUCGGCUCUGCGGGCAAGUUCAUCACCCACAUUGCUGCUAUCCAAUGUGUCGAACGUAGUCUAAUUGGCUUGGACGACCCUGCUGCAAUCGAGAAACAUCUUCCUGAAGUUGCAGCGCUGAAGGUUUAUUUGCCAAGCGACGACGAGCCCGGCUUCAUUCUUCGCGAGCCAACCAAGAAGAUCACUCUCCGCCAUCUACUCACUCACUCGAGCGGAAUUUCAUAUCCUGGGGACGAAAAGCUCGAAAAAUGGACCCAGUCAGACAAACCAGCGAUCGACGAGAACGCUCACAUCAUCGUCAAAAUCUUCUCGAUGCCGCUCUUGCAUGAACCUGGAGAGGGCUGGACAUAUGGGUCGAGCGUGGAAUGGGUCGGUCUGCUCAUCCUCCGCCUCACCGGUCUGCGGCUCGUGGAGUUUGUCCAAAAGAACAUUUUUGACGCGCUGGAUAUGAAGAUGUCGACAUACUAUCCUGAGAAGCAUGCCGAAAUUUGGGCAAAGAAACUUCAGAUGGUCAAUCGCGAGAGUGGCGUGCUGGUUGCCGAACCAGACGAUACGGUUCAAGGAUUGACGUGUAGUGUUGGCGAUUUGCAAACUCUGCUUGUUGACCUCCUUGGUCAAUCGAAGCUACUUUCCCAGCCUUAUGUCGACGAGAUAUUCAAACCACAAUUCGUUCGAGGCACCCCUACCUAUGUCGGGGUUCGGGAGGACAUUCGCAAGCUAGGCAAAUCUGUCGGAGUCCCAACAACACUCGCCAACCCACCAGUCAACGCUAGUCUCGCGGCUUUGUUCGUGGAGGAUGGAGUUGCACCGUUGUCGAAUUUCCCUCCAGGGACUCUCACUUGGAGUGGAAUGCCCAAUGUUAUCUGGGCCGUAAAUCGGGAGAAAGGAAAGGCUGCUAUCUUCGCGACACAAUUGUUACCUGUGGAGGAUGAUGAAAUCAUUGCAGUUGCGAUGAGUUUCAUGCGUGGGGCUUGGAAGUCCCACUAG